UGUAGUGAGGGGUACGAGGAAUGUUCGGCCUAGGCGAGGGCCUGCCACAGCCGCGGGGCCCCGUCACCACGCUCAAGGAGGAGCCCUUGUCGUCUACGAGGUCCUGGAUGCAGCCAACCAUGGUGGAGAACACCCACUCGAGCGUGGGCCUCGGUCGCGCACACUUCGAGAAGCAGCCUCCGAGCAACCUCAGAAAGUCGAAUUUCUUCCACUUCGUCAUUGCCCUGUACGACCGCGCGGGGCAGCCUAUCGAGAUCGAGAGGACGGCCUUCCUCGGCUUCAUCGAAAAGGACCAGGAACCCGAAGGACAGAAGACAAGCAAUGGCAUUCACUACAGAUUACAGCUUCUCUUCGCCAAUGGAGUUAGACAAGAACAAGAAAUAUACGUGAGAAUAAUAGACUCCGUUACAAAACAGGCUAUCGUAUACGAAGGACAAGACAAAAAUCCGGAGAUGUGCCGCGUCCUCCUCACGCACGAGGUCAUGUGUAGCCGGUGUUGUGACAAGAAGAGCUGUGGAAACCGCAACGAGACGCCCUCAGACCCCGUCAUCAUCGACAGGUUCUUCCUCAAAUUCUUCUUGAAGUGUAACCAGAACUGUCUCAAGAAUGCAGGGAACCCCAGAGACAUGAGGCGCUUCCAAGUGGUCAUCUCCCAGCAGGUGGACGUCGCAGGCCCUCUGUUGGCGGUUUCAGACAACAUGUUUGUUCACAAUAACUCGAAGCACGGCAGGCGGGCCAAGCGCCUCGACCCUACUGAGGGCAUGUUCGGUAUGCACGCCCCAGAUACUGACCUCGUUCGCCCCUCAGGUCUGUACCCUCCGCUCCCGGCCACGCCCUGCAUAAAGGCCAUCUCCCCCUCGGAGGGCUGGACCACCGGGGGCGCCACCGUCAUCAUCAUCGGCGAUAACUUCUUCGACGGUCUGCAGGUCGUCUUCGGGACCAUGCUCGUCUGGAGCGAGCUGGUGACGUCACACGCCAUCCGGGUCCAGACGCCGCCUCGCCACAUCCCCGGCGUGGUCGAAGUGACGCUCUCCUACAAGUCAAAACAGUUCUGCAAGGGCGCACCCGGCAGAUUCGUCUAUGUCUCCCUGACGGAGCCCACCAUCGACUACGGUUUCCAGCGGCUGCAGAAGCUGAUCCCGCGGCACCCCGGCGACCCCGAGAAGCUGCCGAAGGAGAUCAUCCUGAAGCGCGCGGCGGACCUGGCGGAGGCGCUGUACUCGAUGCCCAGGAACAACCAGCUCGCUCUGCCGGCGCCGCGCUCGCCCGCCAUGAACCAGACCUCCGCCAUGACCGGAUUCAACACCUACACCGGCCAGCUCGCCGUCAGCGUCCAGGACACGGCCAACACGCAGUGGGGCGAAGACGACUACACCCGCGCUCAGGGCCCCGGAGUAAGCAUAUCUUCGCCUCGGGGGGGCUUCGGGUCCAACGCCUCCACUCCUCACUCCUCCUCCACCGGCUCCUCGUCCUCCACGUACGGCGCCUCCCUCAACGCCGCCGGCUACUCUUCGCCCUCGAACCUCGCCAACAUGACCACGUCGCCCAGCCUCUUCAACAGCACCACAACAGCGGGCGGCUAUGGCGGCCACCACGGGUCCUGGGGCACCUCCUCCUCCUGCGCCUCCUCCUCCGCCGCCCUCCUCUCCCAGUUCACGGCGGGGAUGGGCGUGGCCGGAAAUAAUAAGCAGCGUAGUGCCUUCGCUCCAGUCAUCCCCGGCCUCCCCGCCACGCCGCCCCUCACGCCCAUCGCACCCAUGGGCGGCUCCUCUGUGGCGUCCUCCAUGAACCCCAACGGCGCCGCAGUGGCCGUGGCGCCGUGGCAGCAGCUCUUGUCUUAGUGAAUGGGCGGUUUCAUGUCGUCCGCCUUCACCUCCAUGGGCCACUUCCUGCCCCCGUGCGGCUCGCAGCCCUACGGCCCGGCGCUCGUGCACUCCGCCGCCACCAAGUGAUAGUGGGCGUGCGAGUCGUCACGACCCAGCG